AUGGCAGAAGAGACACCCGAUUUGUUCGAUUAUCAAGAUCUCGGCCACCGCUUCCAAGCCGAGAUCCAAGCCCGCUUCCUUCCUCUCUGCUCUGAGGAAGAAAAAUCACACGUCACCACAUAUCUCAUGCCAAUGGUCAAAUUUGUCGCGUCCACAGUUGCGCCCUCCCGCCACAAUCUCGUCAAAGGUCCAGUCCCUUCCGGAUGCCCCGAGACGCUUCGCUGGGCCGUGGCCUGCUUCGUCUUUGGCACAGACAGGAUCAUGGCAUCGCUAAGGUUUGGCGAUUGGGUGCGAGCGAACCAAGAACUCCUCGAAAAGUUUCGACUCGAAAAGGGGGCCUGUCUUCCAAUGCCCAAGUCGCCCUCCCGUACAAGCCUGGUCGGUGAGAAGCGCAGAACGUCGGGAGCUCACACCGGCGCUGGUGAAGAGGAGGACGACGAGGAAAGAAGCAAGAGGAGGAAGAUGAAUCCGAUAAAUUCCCAGUCCCUUCAUCGCCAGAUUGCACUGGAGAGCAGCGAGGCGGAGAUGAUAGCCCGCGAGAGUACCGUUGCAAGCCGUGAAGCAGAGAUGAAAAUUCGCGAGAGUACCGUUGCAAGCCGUGAAGCAGAGAUGAAAAUUCGCGAGGAUACUCUCCAAAGCCGCGAUAUCGAGCUUAGCAACGUUAAGAGCGCUCUUGACGACCGCCAGGCUGAUCUUGGCAUCCGCACGACAGCCCUCGAAAGCCGCGAGGUUGAACUGCAGAAACGCGCGGAUAUUCUUCAAAGCCGCGAUAUUGAGCUUAGCAACGUUAAGAGCGCUCUUGAUAACCGCGAGGCCGAUCUUGGCACCCGUGCGGCAGCCCUCGAAAGCAGCGAGGCCGACCUGCAAAAACGCGGGAUCGCUUUGCAAAGCAGCGCGGCUGAGCUGGAUGAGUGCGCGAGACAUCUCCAGAGCCGCAAGACGGCCCUCGACAGCACCAAAGUCCUCCUGGACAAGCGCGAGGCUGAGAUGCAAAGUCGCGAGACAACCCUCGCCAAUCUCGAAACUAGUCUCAACACCCGAGCCGACGGAUCAGGCACCCCAGAGGCCAAUCUGGGCCAUCGCGGGGCGGCCUGCGACGCGCAGCUGGAGAGCGGACAAAAGCAGGAGAGGCACGAGAGCGAGGCCAUCACGCUCGCCCAACCAUCCAACCCCCUCGUCGACGACUACAUUUCUAGCUACGACGAGUGCUACGACCGCGCGAUCCUGGGCAUCAACGCCAUUCGCGUCCUCAUGGAUGACGCUGUUGGCGGCAUCCAGAACGAAAAGUACCGCCGCGGGCUGGAGGAAGAGUUCAAGGAGGCUGGGCACAGCCUUACCUCUGCGACGAAUCGCGGCUGGAAAAUCUUUCGAUUGCUGGCGGGCAAGUAA